AAAUACAAUACAAAGAUACGGCGAAUGACAACUGAGCUUUGCCGUGAUACUGUUACCUCUCAUCCCACACCAUGAAGGCUGGUUUGUUUAAUGUCAACAGAGGAAUGGAUAAAAACAAAGACAUGAUAUUGUGAAAACGGAUGCCGCCGUUUCCUGAGAUAAGACGCUGGGUCGUUGGUGUUCCCGUGCUGGAGUUCUCUCACGCAGUAGCUUUCGAAACCCUAUACGGACCUGCCCUCGCUUGUGACUCCCCGAGAAUCUUGAGCGAUGAAAGCAAAGGUGUUCUUUAUUCUUUCAGUGCAAUCUAAAGCCUAAAAAGUGUCUUAUUGUUGAGUGUGUGCGUUUGAUCCACGACAAACAGUGCUCAAGAAUAAUUCAAAUACCAUGUAAGACGGUUGCAACACAGAAGUGAUAAAAAAAUAUGUUUACGUGUGCAUCUGUUUUAUAUAUUGCUUUCACCAUACGUUAAUCAACAUUGUAAUGAACCACAUAAGAACCUGAACUACAAACAUCUGUUGCUGGUGUUUUCUGAGUGGCAGCAGGAAACGAACGACCAGAGACAUUGCACAUAACUUUCUCGAGAUAAAGGUUAUCGCCAACUUGCUGCAUGAUUCCCCCGUCCGCCUGCCUUCCUUUUGGUGCGGCACUACAUUGCCAUCGAGACCCUUCCCAGAUGCAGCAUGAAACACAGGCUGUAGCUGAAGGCGGCGAGACCACUUCCAGGCGCAGCAUAAAGCCCAGACAGUAGUUGAUAUCAACGAGGCUUCCCAGACGCAACAGAUCACUAGCUCCCAGACGCUGCACAAACCACUCCCAGACGCCCCAUCAUGCACAGGUUGUAGUUGAGGACGGCGGCGUUGACGAGUGACCUUCAGCAUCAUGGGCACAGGUUCGGGCGCCGGGGUGGGCACGGGGAAGGGCGUGAAGGGUGGCUGGCGGGUGAAUGCCUUCAUGCUCCUCCUGACGGGAUGGCAUGCGGUGCUGCUUCCCUGGUCGCCGCUGAUCCUAAAAGAUACCGGGUUUUCUGCCACAAGCGUGGGCUUGCUGAGCGGGGGAACCACUCUGGCGGCAAGCGUUGGCGUGGUGGCGUGUUUGCGGGCUAUGAGAAGAAGCCGCAGCGGGGCCGUGCGUCGCCUGCUGCUGUGGCUGCUGUUCGCCGGCGCCACGGUCCUGCACGGCUGCGGCGUAGUGCUUCUUCUUCAGUACAUCCCGCACACUGGGCUCCUGAAGUCCUGUGUCAACGGGUGGUCCUUCGCCCCAACAACGACAGUCUUUCCACAGAAUACCUCCACGCCCUCAGCGGUGUCACUACAACACCCCCAGACCCUCCCCCCUGGAACCAACACAACCAGCAUCUCAUCCAACACAUCCACCGGUAUUGCACCAACUCUCAUCCCCUCCACCUCCAGUUCGACUACGACAUCAACAUCCACCACAAUUCCUCCAAUUCACCUUCCCUCCAUCCCUCCCAACACCACAACUACCAAAACCCCGACCACUACUACUACAACCCAUGCCACCACCGCUCCCAUCGCAGUUGUCACAAGCACGUCAAGACCAUCACACAUUACGGUCCCGGCAGACCAGAACCAAAAAACAAACGAUAGUGUCCCCUUGAACAGCAACACAGUUAACGAACAUCCUUUGAAUAGUGAUUAUCCGGAGGGAAGCGUGGAUGAGUACCCUGAAGAGGCGGUAGAGGAGGCCACAGACACAGGAGCUACUGUAGAGCCGCAACCCAAGACUCCGUUGACCAAAGAGAAGCUCAAGAAUGAAAACAAAAAUAAGAUAAAAAGUAGCCACGAAAAUGUCCACAACUCUCCUGUCUCUUACUAUGGCACUGGACGAGACAAAGUGUAUCAUAAGACUACCAAAAACAAAAACAAGUCACCGCACAAGGAUCGCCUUGUUUCACAAGAAAAUUAUUCAGAUGACGACAUCCCUCAGGACUUGGAUGAGAAUGACAGCUCUGAGGAAGAUGAAGACGAGGGGGAUGAAGUCGGCAACGAGGACAAACCAUCGAAACAUGAUAGUCACUCCAAGUCAGGCGGCAAGUCAGCCCUUGCGUUGAGUGGCUUCCAGCAUGACGGGGGGUACGGUGAUGCUGCCAGACCCUGGAAGCCUCAGCCUCGACGACCCCUGAACAGAAAUGAAGCAACAUUACACAAUUAUCCAGAGACUGUUUUUUCCUCUCCACAUAAAAGUAACCCGAACUGGGAGUCUGCGUCUCUCCCGAAUGACCAAGUGAACACACGGCCGCGCUUCAACCCCAGUCCUCCACACUAUUCCUUGCAAACGUGGAUGGAGUCCCGGGGCCCACACAACCCUGUACGGACCCUUCACCCAGCCUUUGCCUCAAGAGCUGAGGAGAAAGUGGUGAAGGAUCUCUCUGGUGGUGACUUGCAUUACGAUCAUCGUGAUGGUCAGGUUAGGUCACAUCACACUAAGUACACACGAAGUAAACGGAGUAUUCACCGUACGGACCGCGGAGAUCACACUCCUGCUGCCGAAGAUAAUGCGAACGAAACAGUGCCUCAGCGAAAUAAAAUCUUCGACUCGAAAUGGGCUUCUGUAAAGGGAGCGGAAAACAUAGGCUUGAUGGCUGGCGUGGCCAUGUUCCUGGCGCUGGGCGGCCUACUGGGCGCCGGGGUGGAGGCAAGUGUGGCCCAGCUGUGGCACUGUUACGUCUACGGCUAUGAUGAAGGUGGAGUGAGCCAGGACGUGCUCCAACGCACCAUUACCCACACCUUCCAUCUCAGUGCCUACGGCAGCCACAAGUCUUGGACGGGCAUCACUUCGGGAGGCUGGGCCAUGACGGCUGGCGUGUUGUCCAUUUUGGCGUGCCUGGCAGGGACAGGAGGGAGUGGCUACGGAGGGCUGCUGGGAGUGCACCUGGCUCUCGGCUUGGCUGCCCUGCUGUUCCUGCUGGUCUUGCCCGUUCCUUACGGCUCCAUUGACCCACCAAAGACCCGCCGCCCACUCUCCCUCUACCUGGAUGAUUCUCCGUGCGCACAGGUGCUGCGAGAAGGAGUACGGCGCCUUACCUUCCACCUGUGGGUGUUCGUCAACGGCUGUCUGGCGGCACUCUCCCACACCUUCAGCCUCUGGCUCCUGCAGGAGAUGACAACCGAGGGCUGGCUGGUGGGCAGCCAAGCAGCCGCUGUGGGCGUGACCCUCGUCUUUGAGAGUCUGGCUCUGCACACUCAGCGGCGCCUCGUCACCCGCUGGGGUCUGCACGGCCUGAUGGGCGUGUGCGGGUUGAGCCUCACACUGCACUACGGCGUCAUGUGGGCGUCGGAGAAUGUUGGGCUGGUGGUGGCGGCUCACGCUGCCCUGGGUGUGGCCAUAGCCUUCCUGUGGGUGGCUGUGAAACACAAUGCACUGCUCCUCGCCACCGUCAGUGAUCAGGAGAGGGAGGCGUGGGCGUCGUGGUGGUGCUGGCGGCUGGGCCUGGGCUUGGGGGCGGCCAUGUGGAGCGUCGGGGUGUCGGGGGCGGGCGGCAGGGUGAGGCCGCUGCUCCUGCAGGCUGCCCUCGUCGCGGCCACACUCGCCUCCGUCCUCUGUGUGACUGCCGUGGUCGCGAGGCGCCAUUCUCGGACCAGACGAAGAGUCUACCACACCCUCGACCUUGACGUGGCCGACGAAGAGGAUGACGUGGAGGACGCUGCCGAAGACGACUGGCUGGUUAAAAGGGCGAAAAAGGAAGGCAUCACACUCUGAUUUGAGGAUCCAUGAGGCUGCCAGGAAUCUCUGAACAAGCUUUCAUUCAUAGACAUUUUGUCACUGAUGAAAAGAGAUUGGUUCAAAGACACUUUAACAUAACAAAAGAUAGAAUAGUACUAAAAAAGUUUUGUGCAAGUAAAAUUAAUGAAAAUGA